UUAUUUGUUUGGUGUUCCGCGAAAAGAAUAUUUAUAAAACCGAAUAUCAUUUAGCUACCUAUACUAGUAACUUCUUAUAUUUGUAUGGGAAAACCGGUCGAUUGGAGCUGGAGUAGCUUCCUAACAAAACCUGAAUAAGUAAUAGCAUUAGCGACCUUCAACUUGCUUGCAUAUCGCGUUCAUCUUCUCUGCUUAAUUGAUUACCUAUUCACUAUGGAUGUGUUCAUUUAAGACAGUUUACUUAUUUUUCACGCAAAAACAAUUUCAUCCUGACCACGAAACGACCGUUUUGCUAAGUUCAACUUCAUCAGCAGAAUGAAGUGGCUCACAUUUCUCAGUCUUUUCGUACUGGCACUACAUCAGAAUGUAGAUUGCGUCAAUACUCGAUUCCAAGAACGUUACAGCUGGAGAUAUUUGGAUUUCCAAUUUCCCGAUGAAAGAACUCGUCAAUCUUUGCUGAGCUCACGAGAAUAUAUCCCAAGUGCAAAUGUACCUCUAGGUACGGAAAUAUGGCGCGACAGGUUUUUCGUCUCGGUACCUCGAUGGUUGCCAGGAAUCAUUUCAACUUUGAAUUACUUCAGCAUCAGUGCUUCUCGAGCCGGUUCGUCUCCCAGAUUGAUCCCGUAUCCGAAUUUCGAGUCGAAUAGAAUCAGACCCAAUCAAACCAACUUCAACAACAGUAUUAUUUCAGUUUUUCGUAUGAAAGUUGACGCCUGCGAUCGUCUAUGGUUUGUCGACACAGGUAUCGAUAAUUUCGCUGGAACUACUCAGAAUCUGGCCACUGCUAGAUUAUUUAUCAUCGAUUUGCGAACUGAUCGACUCAUCCGACGGUAUACUUUUGACACCUCGGUGGCUCCAAAUGAUUCCGUGAUGGGAGGUAAUAUCGAAGUAGACGUCACCGCAGAUAAUUGCGAUAGAGCUUUCGCCUACAUGCCAGAUUUCAGUGCUUAUCGUCUCGUUGUGUACAGUUACGAGCAAAACAGUGCUUGGAGAAUAAGACAUCCUUACUUUUACUUCGAUCCAUUCGCUUCUCCAUUUUAUAUCGGUGGAUUAACAUUUUUAUGGGUCGAUGGCGUCUUUGGAGCUUCUCUAUCGACUGUUCAAAGCGACGGAUUCAGGAUCCUUUACUUCUCUUCUAUAUCAACCAAUUACCAAUUCGCAGUAUCCACUCGUUACCUGAGGGAUAGAGAUUUGGCAACUAAUACGACUACACUGUUGCAAGCUUACAGAUUCUUGGGAACUAGAGGUCCUAAUAUGCAAACGACAGCUCACGCUUUGCAUCAACCUACUGGUACAUUGUUUUACACUCUCGCUAACAGGAAUGGUAUCGGUUGCUGGAAUUCGUACAGGUUCCCGAAUAAUUAUUCGCCCGAUACGAAUUUCAUUCUGGCUACGGAUGAUGUUACUAUGAUUUUCCCCAAUGAUAUAAUAUUCGACGAAAGCGAAAAUAUCUGGCUAUUGUCUGAUCGGUUACCAGUGAGCAAUAUACAAGGGUUGAGAGAAAACGAGGUCAACUUUAGGCUGUUUGUGGCCCCAGUGCGAGAUGUGAUCAGAGGUACUGUUUGUGAAAAUAUCAACGGUAGCAGUAACAGUAAUGGUAAUUUUAAUUCUGGAGGAAGCGGUUCGAAUUUCAAUUCGGGAGGAAAUAGUGGUUCAGGUAACUUCAACUCUGGUGGAAGCAACAGUGGAUCGAAUUUCAACUCAGGAAGCAACAGCGGAUCGAACUUCAAUUCAGGAAGCAACAGUGGAUCGAAUUUCAACUCAGGAAGCAACAGUGGCUCAAAUAGCAAUAAUUUCGGUAAUUCGGGAGGCUCGGGAUUUAACAGCGGAUCCGGCUCAGGCACGAAUUUCGGAAGCGCUUCAUUCGGUGGAAACGAUAAUGUGAAUUUCCCUCAAAGCAAUAGGCAAGGUUUAUACGCGUAUGAAGUAAAUAAUUCGGGACUUCGAGUCGAUAACAUUAAUAACAGUAGUAGUAGUAACAGUAAUAAAAACAGACCACCGAAUAGAAAUACUAGUCAGGGAAGCAGGAAUUAAUCGGGCCACCAUUUUUCACAACGUUUGACGAAGAUUUGAUUAAUUUAAAUAAACAGCAGAAUCAUUAUCAAUCGAUUUAAUUCGCUCUUGAUUUUGUCAACUCAAAUUUCAUGUAUCAGAAACCUGCCUAUUAUUACGAUAGGUAUAUUAUGUACUCUGUUAAAUAGGUAAUAAAGAAUAUAAUUACAUUGUAAAAA